AUGGACCCCUCGCCCGAUCCGCUCGCCGCCUCCGCCCCAUUCCCCACCAUCCCCGCCGCCACCCACAGGCCGCGGGUCGCCCGCCCGCGGCGCCAGGCCGCCCCCUUUCGUUCCGACCACCCCGGAGCCUCCUGCUCCCCCAGCCGGCGCCUCGGCGGUGAUCUCUCGAGCUUUGCUGCGGGCGCUGGCUCGCGACCGAGCACCGCAGGUGGAUCACGCCCCUCGGUCUUCGUCUUCGGCGCGGACGCCUCGACGUCUAACCGCGCCGUGGCGGAGGAUCCAGCGUCGGCGGGCUCAUGGGGUUCUUCCCGUGGCGCUAAUUUUGUUUUUGGGAGUGGCGUCUCGGCGAGAUCGGAGAUGAAGAGAAGCUCCUCGGUUGAAUCCAGUGCUGCAUCGUUGUGCAGCCUCUCUGCAGCAGCCGAUGAGCUUGUACAAGAUGAUUCUUCCGGCAAGCAAAGAGACUGUGCUCAUGUUUCUAGACUAAAUGAUUCCGUGCUGGAGAUAAAUUCUCGCGGUAGUUUUGGUUCCUCUCAAAGCAAUUUGAAGUCACAUGAGGUUUUUCGUCCGAGCAUUCUUCCUGGUGUUGCUAAGCAGCGCGAUGAAGGGCGUGGCAUGCUCUCUCAGACAGUAGGGUGCAAGAGUACCGAAACAAAUUCAUCAUUAGUUGGUCAAGCGGUCACUGCAACAAAAUGUACUGACAGGAAUGAUUCCAUGGAAGUCCCCAAGGACUGUGGUAACUCAUCCGUAGGAGAUUCUGUAGAUAAAGUUUACUUCACAAAGGAUGGAAGCAAACUUUCUGCAACUGGUGGUAAUGUCAAACAUGAUUUGUUUGUCUUCGGGGAGCGUGCUAGUGCUCAACAUAGUCUGUUCACUGCAAAUACAGAGCAAAGUAAUGUCAAGAAGUUGGAUUCAUCUGAUAAAGAGGAGGUAACAUGCAGUUCUGAACAACUUGGUCUUUCAGCUACUGAGGAUGGCAGAUGUCUCAAGUCACAGCUUGCACCUGGUUCACGUAAUUGGGGUGCUCCACAUUCCAGACAUUGUCAAGUCCAUGAAACAGAAAAAGCCUCGAAUACUGCACCUUUUAGCAUUGGAGCUCAAGAUGACAUUGUGAAGGUUUCUUUCACAAAGUUGCCUGAUGGUAUGCAAACACAAGUAGGUGCAGCAUCUGGACUUGGUGAAUGUCGAUCUUUCGAUGAGAGAUCAUUUACUCUUCUACAAGACCACAAUUCAGCUGGAGACAAGGGAGUGCUUAAGGCUAUGAGCAUGAAUAGAAGGGCAGUUAAACCAAAGAAGUUUUCCUCAACCCGUCAGGUUUCUUCAUUGCGGAAUGUCCUUGCAGCUGACAGUUUUUCUGGAAAAGUGACUCCGGAAACAAACUUUAGUAUGGAACAAUCUGGAAAAGUUGGCCUCAGGUUAGAGGGUUCUGGUAACAGUGGCCCAGAGGUAGCUGAUGCUACGCAAACAGCAGAAAGUAGCCAUGAUGGAACUGGGCUUACUUUUGCAGCUAACUUGGAAAGUUGUGGUAACUCUGACUUAAUAUUUGCUUCAUCUACUUUCGAUCGAAGUAAGUUGGGCUCACAAAGACAACAGAAUAGAAGUUCUGAAGGAAUGACGACUCAUACUAACUUUGUUCAAAGCCUUCCUACAUCUGCCAUUAGUCUUGCACACACAAAAGUUUCAGCAAGCCAGCCAGACGCAGUUUUGGUGCCUCAAUGGACUGAAUACAGCAAAGCAGAACCUUCAGUAGUAACAUGUACAAAAACAGGAAACUUUAGAUAUCAGGAGGAUUGUGAAACUUGGCGUAUAAGGGGAAACCAAGCUUAUGCUGCAGGACAGUUAGCUAAGGCGGAGGAAUGCUAUACCCAUGGGAUUAAUUCUGUUUCUCAAAAUCAAGCUUCUCAGAAAGCAUUAAUGCUGUGCUACAGCAAUCGUGCAGCUACCCGGAUAUCUCUCGGUAGGAUGAGAGAUGCCCUCUCUGAUUGUCGGAAAGCUACUGAAAUUGAUUCCAGCUUUCUCAAGGCACAAGUCAGAGCUGCCAAUUGUCUGCUUGCUCUGGGGGAUGUCGAAGAAGCACAAAAGGGUUUUGAAAUCUGUUUGAAGUCUAAUCAUGCGGCAAGCUUGGAUCGUAAAGUCAUAGAAGAGGCUUCUGAUGGUCUACAAAAAGCUCAGAAAGUAUCUACUUUCAUGCUUCAAUCUAAGGAAUAUCUUGUUAAAAAGGAAUUUGACAAGAUACCAAGCGCCUUACAAAUGAUCACAGAUGCUUUGUCCGUAAGCAUUCAUUCAGAUAACUUGAUGAAAAUGAAAGCAGAAGCCCUGUUACUGCUGCGGCGAUAUGAAGAAUUAAUUCAGUUUUGUGAAGAAACUCUGCAACUGGCAGAAAGAAAUAGUGUGCCUCUGUGUCUUGAUGAGCAUCUAGAAAACAUUAACUUGGACAGCUACGGGUUUUCUGUGAAAUCUUGGUGCUAUUAUCUUAUCGCCAAGUCAUAUUUCUUCAUAGGAAAGCUUGAAGAGGCUCAUCAGUUCUUGAAAAAGUGCGGGAAGCAGUCUCAACAAUCAGUUUCAUUACUUUCAAAGACAAUCUCUGAACUACUGCGUCUUAAAGUUGCUGGGAAUGAAGCUUUUCAAGCUGGUAAAUAUUCAGAGGCUGUGGAACAUUAUAGUGCUGCUUUGUUGAGCAACGCGGAGUCAUUACAUUUUUCAGCAAUCUGUUUUGGCAACCGUGCGGCUGCAUACCAAGCAAUGGGCCAAAUUUUAGAUGCCAUAGCAGAUUGUUCGCUAGCUAUAGCCCUUGACACUAGCUAUUGUAAGGUUAUUUCUAGAAGGGCUAGUUUGUAUGAACUUAUAAGGGACUACUAUCAGGCAGAAAAUGAUCUUCGGAGACUAAUUUCUCUUCUUGAGGAACAACUACAAGACAAUAUGUCCAUGCCAUCAGAAAAAUUAGAUAAUGUUCGUAACAAUCUACACCGAGCCAAUCUUAGGCUUUCUGCUUUGGAGCGUGAUGCCAGAAAAAGGACAUCACUGAAUAUGUAUCUGAUAUUAGGAAUUGAGCCAUCCUGCUCUGCUGUGGAUAUAAAAAGAGCAUACCGCAAAGCAGCAUUAAGGCAUCAUCCAGACAAAGCAGGUAAUUUUCUCGUGAGAAGUGAAAAUAUCGAUGAUACAGUAUGGAGCGAAAUUGUGAAUGCGAUCCGCAGAGACGCUGAUUAUUUGUUCAAAAUAAUUGGGAAAGCAUAUGCUAUACUUUCGGACCCUACCAUGGAGCAAAUGAUGGAACCGGGCACGUGGAUUAAUGGUACAAGCAGUGCACAUGAACAUGAGGGCUGCCCUCGGGGCAAUCAAAGUGAUGUAUAG